UUAGCGAUCUGGACUAAUCUGUGCACGUGAGUCGUCGAGAUAAUCUCCCGCCUUCCGCCCUCCGCGGGAAAGCCCACCGUUUUCAAACUUCCCGCUCGAGUGGUCUCCUGCUGACGUCAUGCGCAGCAGAGGUCUUAUUUUCGUUUUCGGAAGGACAGACCUAGUCUCAUUAGGUCAUUAUGCUCACCCUAACAACCCUAACCAUAGAAUAAAGAGAUUAUUCAUUCUAUGCCCUAACUCUUUUUCGCUCUCUUGUCCUUUCAAUUCUCAAUAUUAAUUAAUUCAUCAUGGAUAUCGACCCAGUUGCUGCGUUAUUGAAUGGAAUCGACGCUCAGUUCCAGAACCCUGUACCAGCGGACAGAAGAAACAUGUUGUCUAUCUUAUGCACUUACCUCAUAGUAAGAUAUAAGAACAGCCCUAUUGAAGCGUUUCACAAAAUAUGUUUUGAAUUAAUGAAGAAAGUAGUCACUGCAAAAAUUGAUCCGGCGGUCAAUGUCAAGGUGGAGGAUUGAUCCGGCGGUCAAUGUCAAGGUGGAGGAUACAAAAGAAUGCAAAAUAGAGGGUACCGAGGAGGGUCCACAGGAUGCACAUCAACUUUUACGAGUAAUAAAGGCAGAAAGAAAGGAGGAAGAAGACGAUUGAAAAUAUUUGCUGCCUGCUUGCCUUCGUACCUACCUACGAGGGUGGAUUUUAAAGUAAUUUUUCUUGUUUUGUUUCUCGAGAACCAUCAACGCAAGGGAACUCACUAAGUCAGCAUUAAAAUCUUUUCAGAUUUUUCAAAA